GCCUGGUGAAGCAGCUGGAGCGAGGGGAGGCGUCGGUGGUGGACCUGAAGAAGAACCUGGAGUAUGCAGCGUCUGUGCUGGAGUCUGUCUACAUCGAGGAGACCAGGCGAUUGGUGGACACCGAGGAUGAGCUCAGCGACAUCCAAUCGGACUCGGUGCCGUCGGAGGUGCGUGAUUGGCUGGCCUCCACCUUCACACGGCAGAUGGGGCUGAUGCUGAGGAGGACCGAGGAGAAGCCUCGCUUCCGGAGCAUCGUCCACGCCGUGCAGGCUGGGAUAUUCGUGGAAAGGAUGUACCGGCGGACGUCCAACAUGGUGGGUCUGAGUUACCCUCCCAGCGUCAUCACCGUGCUCAAGCACGUGGACAUGUGGUCUUUCGACGUGUUCGCUCUGAACGAUUCCAGUGGAGAUCACGCGCUGAAAUUCAUCUUCUACGAGCUGCUCACCAGAUAUGACUUAAUCAAUCGCUUCAAGAUCCCUAUCUCUGCCCUGGUGUCCUUUGUGGAAGCUCUGGAGGUGGGUUACAGCAAACACAAGAACCCCUACCACAACCUGAUGCACGCCGCCGAUGUCACACAGACAGUCCACUACCUGCUGCUGAAGACUGGCAUGGUGCACUGGCUGACAGAACUGGAGAUCUUUGCCAUGAUCUUUGCUGCGGCGGUCCAUGAUUAUGAGCACACCGGCACUACUAACAACUUCCACAUCCAGACCAGGUCAGGCACGGCCAUCCUUUACAAUGACCGCGCGGUCCUUGAGAACCACCACGUAAGCGCAGCCUAUCGUCUGCUGCAGGACGAUGACGAGAUGAACAUUCUCUAUAACCUGUCCAAAGAUGACUGGAGGGAGCUGCGAGCGCUGGUGGUGGAGAUGGUGUUGGCCACAGACAUGUCCUGUCACUUCCAGCAGAUUAAGGCCAUGAAGAACUUCCUCCUGCAGCCCGAGGCGAUAGACAAGCCCAAGGCCUUAUCCCUGCUCCUGCACACUGCAGACAUCAGUCACCCAGCUAAGAACUGGGACCUGCACCAUCGCUGGACCACCUCGCUACUGGAAGAGUUCUUCCGACAGGGGGACAAAGAAGCCGAACUGGGCCUACCCUUCUCUCCUCUGUGUGACCGCAAGUCAACCAUGGUCGCCCAGUCCCAGAUAGGAUUUAUUGACUUUAUCGUGGAGCCCACCUUCACGGUGCUGACAGACAUGACAGAGAAGAUUGUGACGCCGCUCAUCGAUGACGCGUCUCACUCCGGCCUCGCUGGCUUCCGACGCUCCAGUCUGAACAGUAUAACACAGGGAGAUGGGAAGCGUUCCAGUGUUAAAAGCGUGGGUUCGGAGGGCAGUGGGACUGUCAACUGUUCCCUCCACACGGUCGACUUCAAAUGCUUCAAGGCCACGUGGAAUGAAGAGGUCCACCAGAACCGGGAGAAGUGGAAGACCCAGGCUACCAAAGACCUGGAGGAGAGAUCCAAGAGAGAGGCUGACGAGAAAGCCAAGCAGGAGACGGAGGAGGGCAAAGAACCGGGAACGGCAGAUAAGGCUGAGGAGAGAGGAGAGGAGACGGGAGAGGGGGAUGGUGCAGAGGAGAGGAAGACAGACGUGGAGGGAGGGAGCCAAGCGGAGGAGGGUAAGAAGGAAGCAGUGGUGGAGCAACCUAAAGAAGAGGAAGGGAACAAGGAUCCAGGGGGGGCUGUUGGGACCACAUCGGCACCAGGACACCCCGAGAAGGAGUCCAGCCAAGAGCACAGCCAGCAAGUUCAAAAUGGAGAGAUCCCUGAGGAGCUAGACUCACCUGUGACUGACUCUGAGACAGACUCAGACGAUGACAGUGAGAGAGAGACGUCUGAUGAUUCCCAGGAGGAAGACAACAGUAACCAUGACAAUGCCCCUGAGGUGGCGUCAACGGCGGCCGCAGCGUCUGCGCCCACGUCCGAUGCAAACUAACCGCCCCUCUUCCUCACCCCUCACCCCCCCCCCCCUUUUUUGUGUUCAACAAAGACUUCAUUUCCCAGGAGGAACAGCGCUCUUGUCUUUCUUCUGUUGUUCUAGAUCGCCCUCUGCUGGAUGAAACUCUCAUGAAACUUUCUUUCAAAUCUAUUUUGUAUUUUUUGACGCUCUCUCAUGGAGUUCGUUUUUGGUCCUAUACCUUAGCCUCAUCCCAGAUGACUGCUGACACUAUCUCACCUUGCCAUGAACCUGUGUUGUUAGAUGAGCUGGCUUCAGCCUGACCUCUCAGCAGUUAGCCUGAUUGCUAACGGCCUGUUCAUACCCGGGCCAGGGACUGGGGCCCAGGUAUGAGGCCUCUGUUGGAGCUCUGAGGCUCAGGUGACUUUCUGUGGCAGAGGGGGUUAAGGUGAACCACUGGUUACGAGUGAGGUCAGGCCCUGGCUGGUCUAAGGGUGGGGAGGUGGGGGUGGGGGUCCAUGAGGUCCUGUUGGCCCCCAGUUUGGCCACACCUGUCCAGGCAGAGGUUGGUUUCUGUAGGACCUCUGUGGCUGCCUCAGCCCCAGCCAAGUCAAUAUAACAAUGGAAAAAGUCCCCUGUGAUGGAAUUUGGAAUACUGUGUGGGUGUGUGUGGGUGUGCGUGUGUGUAGGUGUAGGUGUGUGUGUUCAUUUGUCCUUCACUAUGUCAACGUGAAACUACUUCUGAAGAAUGUUCAAAUCACACAUUAUUUGUUUGCUGUUGUUGUUAUUCAAUGUACGUGAUAACUAAAAUAUAUGAGUGAAUGAAUGAUAAAUGAAUGUAUCAAUGGAUGAGGAUUGAUUUGAUGAACAUUGUGUCUAUAUUGUAUAGGACAAACAGAUUAUAAUGAAAGCUUUAUUUACCUUUAAUGUUAGAUUCAACUAGACUGCACUUUUGCCAAUUACAGCACACAUUUAAGGAUUUUAAAGUUUUGAUAAACCCCUAUAUGAGCAUAUAUGGCCAACAGUUUAUUAUCAAAAGGUUUUCUUAUAGAGAAAACAUAUACUGGUAGUGUGAUUUUUGUGUGAAAAUGUAAAAGUACGAUAAGGUUUUCUGGCAACACCAAUUCCCAUAUGUUAAAUGUGAUGAAUAGAAUCAGAAUUAAAUAAAUAACUUUUCCUUUUCAAAUAUAUUUUUCUAGACAUUCUCACAAGUUAAUUUCAAAGUAAUACAUAGUAUAUGUAUCUAUAAUGUGGUUGUUCAGUCAAAUAUGCAUUUAUUGUAUUAUUUUCACUCAGUGAAUGUAGUUCAUAGUUGUUUAGAUAUGCUUAGGUGUACAGGAUUUAUACUGUCGUUCCAGCAAUGCUUGUUUGAUUGAAAUCCAGUCUUUAAAAAAAUGUAAUGAAAUGUCAUACGACUGUUUUAAGUGCAGCCAUUGUCGAAUUCCAAAUAUUUUGUUUUAUUUAAACUGUGUAUGACAAAUGUAUAGUCCUUUCUGUACUUUUUGUCAAUUUUAGUUUUUUCUUUUGAACCAAGUGUUUCAAGGGAGGUAUAUUUAUUGUAUUUUU